AACUUGUCGAUCAGUAACUUCGGUAAAGCAUUGGUCUCAGGAGCAGUCCCCAACAAACAAAUACUAGGUUUCUCGCUUUGUGUGCACAGGGGAGACCCAGAUUUCACUCAACACUGAGGUUGUCUAACUGUCGAAAUGUAUUCUCCUCGCUUCGUCUUCGUUGUCUUGGCCAUUCUCUCUUUCACGAUCGUCCCCUAUUUUCAGAAGUGCCACGCAGAAAUUCAAGUGAAUGAGCUGAGCUUCAAACCCUCAUCGUCGUUUUCGAUUGCGCUCGAAGCCCUUCAGAAGCAAAUUGGCUAUACUUUCCAGAGCAACGGUCUUCUUCGCCGUGCCAUGACACAUGCCUCCUUUUCUGAAGAGAACAACCGAGCGUUGGGUGUUCUAGGUGCCAUUGUGAUUGAAACAUCAGCUGCCCUCCGAUUUCUUGGAAAAGAUAUUGAGAUGUCGGGCAAAAACCUGAACGAGCGCAUAUCAGAAAUCUCCAAAGUGGAAUCUUCUUGUAUGAUGGAUGGGAUGCGGUUGGGGUUACAGAAGGUGGUCAGGGUUUCGCCCAAGACAAACUCUUCAACUCCUGCAGUGGUUUGUGGUGCUUUCCGAGCAAUCUUUGGUGCUAUUGCUAUUGAUGCUGGGAAGUCUGACGAUGCUGGAAACAUUUUCUGGAGUGUUCAUAGUGUUGAUGCUGGAGGAGUUCUUGUAUUGUAAGUUGAGCUUUCUGGUAGUGUGGUAUUAAAAAAGCACGGAUUCUAAACUACUAUUAGCUAGUAUGACGUUGGUCUUGGUGGAAAGAACUUGUUAGCAUGUUGUUUGCAUCUUUGUUAAACUGAUUAUCAACCCUGGCCCCCUGGGUCCAUAUGGUGUACUUGUAUACUUGAGUUUGUGGCAGAAUGUAAAUUGGUCAAGUCAGAAUGCGUUUUAA